AUGACAGCAAACCGUCCAGCCAACGUCGAGGAGUUUAUUCAGAGGAUAAGAGAACUAGAAACUCUUGGCGUUGCGUCCCGCGUCGUACCUCCAACAGGACAUGGACCAAUGGCGCCACCUUGGACUCCAUCAGUGGCUCCACCAGCGGCUCCGACAACAACCCCACCUGUGGCACCAUUUGGCAACCAGGUGGUUAACCAACUGACUGCACAGCUCAACAAGAUGAUGAUUGGGAGUCGUGGCACCGGUGGCGGAGGAGGCGGAGGUGAUCGUGGUGGAAGAAGCGGAGGUGAUCGCGGAGGAGGAGGAUGGGUUGACCCAAGCAAGCGGAAAUGCUACAGCUGCGACGCGAUUGGACACAUCGCCCGUCACUGCCCAGCAAAGUCGGGAAAAGAACCAACCGGAAGUUAG